CAACGAUUAUUCCUUCUAUACGAAUCAAAUUAUUUCAGAAACGGAAAAGAAAUCAAUUCAUAUAUUCCUUUCUUUAUUUCUUUACAAAGAAGAAGAAGAACAAGGUACUUUUGUCGGCCGGCGCAAAAAACCAGAUCUCUUCUUCUCCCAGAGUAUAACCUCUCUAUAUCAGUUUAUUAGUCACCUUGUUCUGUUCUCACCCAGAAGAAAAAGUUUCGUUUUUUUUGGUUGAAAAUUGAGUGUUGAAAGAGGAAGAAGAAGAAGAUGAUGGAGUAUGAGAAUGGGAAGAAGAGGAAAGUUCGGAACAGACUGCAACUGAAAGCACAGUUCAUGUCUCUAAGGUAUCUAACCAUAUGCCUUUGUUGUUUCUUCGUCUUGCUCUUCUUCUUAUCCUCCGACCGAAUCUCCACACUCUCUGUCCGUUCCGAUUCUCUGAGACCGUCUCUUCGUGUUCCGGCUCUCUCCGUUUUAUCUUCGAUGGAUUCGAUUCACCGUUCGUUUCACGGUAGAUUUCCUCCGUUGAGAGUUGAAGACAGAGUCCAAUUCCCCGACCAUCUUCUGCUGAUUCUCUCGAAUAGAAUCGGGAAAGGUGAGAAAAGCCUAGUCUGUGUUUAUCAUGGAGUAAAGGAAGAGACUUUGGCGUUGCCAUCGAUUUCUACCGACGAAUUCGAUGAGUUUAGAUCGAUUGUUCGGUGCCCUAACGCUCCUUCAAACUAUUCGUCAUCUGUUGAUUUGCAAUUCCAUGGAGAUUUGGUGAAGAAGAAGCAGAAGGAGAGCAAGGUUCAUAAUUGGGCAAAGGUUGGUUAUGAGGCGGUGAUUGACGGCGAUACGGUGGUUGUAUUUGUCAAAGGAUUGACUCGAAGGCCUCACAAGGAAUCAGAUCCUUCUUACUACAAAUGCCAGUUUAAGAUUGGGAACUCGGAGGAGGACGAAGAUGUUGAAGUUUUGGUCACUCAAGCUGUUGCUGCAGCGCAAGAAGUCGUGAGGUGUGUUUUACCUGAGAGUUUGAAGCUAAAUCCAGAGACUUUUCGAGUGAGCGUAAUCCACAUCGAUCCUAGAGGAAGAUCCACGCCUGCUCUGCCUUCCGUUGCGAGAAUCAACGGUCUAGAUUCGAUUGAGAAGAUGAACAAGAAGAGUGGGAUUAAGCAUGAGCUUUGUGUUUGCACAAUGCUAUGGAACCAAGCUCCGUUCUUGCGGGAAUGGAUUAUGUAUCACUCGUGGCUCGGUGUCGAACGAUGGUUUAUAUAUGACAACAACAGCGACGACGAUAUACAAGAAGAGAUAGAUUCGCUCAAUUCAGAGAGCUACAAUGUGAGUCGACAUGUUUGGCCAUGGAUCAAGACUCAAGAAGCCGGGUUUUCGCAUUGUGCGGUUAGAGCCAAAGACGAAUGCAACUGGGUCGGAUUCUUUGACGUCGACGAGUUCUACUACUUCCCUACGCAUCACUCUCAAGGCUUACCGAGCAAGAACGCUUUGAGCUCGCUUGUAUCGAACUACACGUCGUGGGAUCUUGUCGGAGAGAUCAGAACGGAGUGUCAUAGUUACGGUCCGUCCGGUUUAACCUCGGUUCCAUCACAAGGCGUGACGGUAGGGUACACUUGUAGGCAAGCGAAUCCCGAGAGGCAUAAGUCGAUAGUCAGGCCAGAGUUGCUAACGAGCUCGUUGCUCAACGAAGUUCAUCAUUUUCAGCUGAGAGAAGGAGUCGGGCAUAUGAGUUUGGUGGAGAGUGUUGCUGUGGUGAAUCAUUACAAGUACCAAGUUUGGGACACUUUUAAGGCUAAGUUUUACAGAAGAGUGGCUACUUAUGUUGUGGACUGGCAAGAGAAUCAGAACCAAGGGUCUAAAGAUCGAGCUCCGGGGCUAGGGACAGAGGCUAUUGAGCCGCCGGAUUGGAAACGACGGUUCUGUGAAGUGUGGGAUACUGGAUUGAAGGAUUUGGUUUUGUCUAAUUUUGCUGAUCAAGUGACUGGUUAUUUGCCGUGGCAGAGGCAACAACAAGAAUGACUUUUUUUUUUUAGUUGGUUUCUGAUAUAAUUUCAGGUGUAUAUUUGACCAGGUUUACAAACGAAAUCUACACUAUUAUUUCCUUCUAUUCAUAUUAAUUUUUUUUUUUUUUGGGAGUUGGUUUGGGGAGAAGUGAAAUGGUUUUUAAUUUUUGGUUUCUUAGAGUAGCUAAAACAUAUGUAAAUUUUGGUGACACUGCAAAAAAUUAUAUGAAUUUAUGUGUUACCGUGGUUAUUUUUGUAGUGGGGGAAGAUCUAAGAACAAAGGCUGAAGAAAACGUAAAGCAA